UCACUUUUUUUUUUUUUUUUUUUACACUUUAGAUACUUUGCUUGUAUGCCAUUUCCUACUGACUUCAUUAAUUAAGUUUCAUGUAUUUUCGUGUCUCCCGAAGAAAAUUUUGAAGAAUUUAAGAUUCAUGGCCUCUGGAGGGUCUUCCGACUGUAAUGACUCAAAAUUGUUUUAUUUGUGAGUACUAACUAACAAUCCCAAUCUGAUAAAAAUGAGAUCCUCCAUCUGCUCCUUUGUAUUUAUAGUGUAGAGACAAUAUGAAAACAAAGGAGCGGAUCGGGGAUCUUAUUCUAGUCAGAUUGUAAAAAAAGCCUAACUUAAGGGGGGGGGGGGCACAACCAUACUUCUUACCCCUUUGAAAAGUGUGGGGACAUGUGCCCCGGCUGUAUCUUCCCCUAAUCCCCUGUACUGUGUACGACAUACUGCACUUAUGAACAUUGCAAUGGGGUGAUCCUCUUCUAAUAUAAAUGAGAUAUAACUAUUUUCACCGUGAGAACAUUUUUCUUGUAACUAACAAUUUUAUGACGGUUUAAAACGUAACUCGGUCCAAAAAAAAUGUAGUACAGAGAGAAUAGGUUAUGUACAUGCGAGAAAUAAUGCUUUGAGUGCUGAGAACCUGCAUAUUAGAAUUGAGUAUUUUUUUUAACCGUGGCAUAUUCUCAUCUGAUCAAUCUAUGUUAAUUUUGUGUUAAAAAGGUGAGGGGGCACAAACCCACUUGUGCCCGUCCCCUUGUCCUACACCCUUGAUAGGCAUAAAGUAUCCAGUGAAAUGCUAUAGUCUUCCCAAAGUUAUCGUUCGCAUACUCAAUAAUACCUCUAUCAACACUUACUCAUUUUUCAAAAUUCUUGAAAAACGAUAAUGAUGUGUAAAUGAAAUAAGCUAUUGACUUCAGUUGCAAAAAAUGUAUGUAAAUUCGUCGGUUUUAAGAAGAUUCCACGCCUCUCUGUGACACAAGAAGUAUUGUAUUUAGACGCAGCUCUUUUAUGUGUGUGUGUUUGAUUACACAAGAUCUAUACAUGUAAAUAGAACACAUUUUGAGAAUGGAACUCCCCUUUUGAGAACUAAAAUUUAUGGUAGAACCCCUUUUUGAAAAUUCCCUGGAUCCGUCCCCGAAAUAUGCGGGGUUUUUUCCAGUUGUAAUUGGUCAUGGAACCUACAGUGGGUUUUCCUCAAAUUUAAUGAACUAGUUCUUACUUUUAUUUUAUUAACCGUGAAAAAAAAAUUUACACAUGGAAUAAAUUUGAUAAGAGGAGCAGCAGGAACGAUAACUCUGGAUAAAUAAUGACCUGAAAAUCCGUAUCAACUCCUUUAAAAUCAAUCAUUCAAUCUGCUAAGAAAGGGAGGGGGGUCAUUUUUCUACGGGGGUCAUUAUUUUUCAGGUAUGACACGCAAAAUAAUGACUCCUGGGUCUUCUUUCUACAAAAUUAUCAAAUUUUUCUACGGCUAGGGGGUCACUUUUCGAUGUCGAAAAAUGACCCCCGGUCAUUAUUCUAUGGGGGUCAAAAUUUGCCUUUACACCUGCUGUCCGUUUGUCCUGGGUCAUGUUUUUCGGACCCUUUUUAACGGAUGCAUGUACAACUUUGAAAUUUGGUCACAAUAUCUCCCUCAAGAAUUGUAAGAGCGAGUUUGCAUUUUAGCUGGAUUGGUCUAUCCUUAACCUACUUUAGGGCGAUAUGUAGGUCAAACAGUUUUCCGGACCCUUUUCAUUACAGAUACAGAUAUUGCCCUGAAAUUUACACAUAAGCUUCCUUUCAGAGAAAUACAAGUUCAGUUUGCAUUUCAGCUGGAUUGGUCCGUCCGUCUGUGACCUACAUUAGGACUAGAAGUAGGUCAAACAGUUUUCCGGGCUUUUUUUCCAUCACGGAUACAGAUAUCCCCCUGAUAUUUAGUCAAAGGCUUCAUAUCAGAGGAAGACAAGUGCAGUUAACAUUUCAGCUGGAUUGGCACACUAUGACCUACAGCACUUUAGGGGUAGAAGUAGGUAAAACAUGCAGUUUUCCAGAUUUGUUUUGGUAUGGUCACAGGUAUUGCUCUGAAAUUUAGUCACAACCUCCCUUUGAGAGAAAUACAUAAUCAGUUCACCUUUCAAACAUUUCAACUUAAUUGGUACACCAUGACUUACUGCAGGGCUAAACGUAAAUCAAAUGGUUUCCUGGACUUUUUAUCAUCAAAGAUAGAUAUUGCAUCGACAUUUUGUCACAAACUCACUCUCGGAGAAAUACAUAAUCAGGUCACAUGUCAGAUGGAUUGGUACACCAUGACUCACUUUAAGGCUUUUCUAUUCAGAAUGUGUGUUGUAUCAAUUCAGAAUACACAAUAUGCUUCCAGGUUAGAUUUCACUGUCCAACGGGCGAAUAUUGUACCGUUAGCGUUACUCUUGUUACAAACUUGAAUUUGUAAAUGUGAACUUCUUUUGCCCAAUGGUUCUUGAGAAAAAGAUUUUCCCUAUAUAUUUAUAUGUAAAACUUUGAUCCCCUACUGUGGUCCCAUUCUAUCCCAGGGGGGUCAUGACUUUAACAAACCUGAGUCUGCACUAUGUUUGGAAGCUUUCGUGUGAAUUUGUACUUUCCUAGCCCAGUGGUUCUUAAGAAGAUUUUAAAAGAUUUUCCCUAUAUAUUUGUAUGUAAAACUUUGAUCCCCUAUUGAUCCGUCCUACCCCAGGGGCCAUGAUUUAAACAAAAACUUGAAUCUGCACUAUGUCAGGAAGCUUUCGUGUAAAUUUGUACUUUCCUGGCCCAGUGGUUCUUGAUAAGAAGAUCUUUAAAGAUGUUCCCUAUAUAUUUGCAUGUAAAACUUUGAUACCCUAUUGUGGCCCCAGCCUACCACCGGGGGCUAUGAUUUUAACAAACUUGAAUCUACACUAUGUCAAGAAGCUUUCAUGUAAAUCUCAGCUUUUUUGGCCCAGUGUUCUUAAGAAGAUUUUUAAAUGACCCCAUCCUAUUUUUUUUAUUAUCUCCCCUUUGAAAGGGACAUGACCCAUCAUUUGAAUAAACUUGAAAGCCCUUCCCCUAAUGAUGCUUUGUACCAAGUUUGGUUGAGAUUACCCUUGUGGAAAUUCUCUAAUUCUCUCUCUCUCUCUCUCUCUCUCUCUCUCUCUCUCUCUCUCUCUCUCUCUCUAGCCGACCAAACCUACUAAGUGAGGACGUCCUCACAAUGUGUAGACUGAAGAGAAUAUACACAAACAUAACAUUCUAAAGGCAAAAAAGUACUAUGUUAGGUAUAGCUAUAUGGAUACCUAUAAAAAUAUCUAAUAUUCUUUUUCGAAUUAUGAAAAAAAGGUUUUUGAGAGAGAAUAUUGAUAGUAAGGACAUGUCCCCACAUCACUUGUCCUCACUAAGCUUAUAUUUUGUAUCUACAUCUUCCACAUGCUGUAGGUCACAUUUAUGAGGACGUAAUUGUGAGGACCUUUUUUGUGUCCUCAAAGUGCAAUUUUGUCCUCACAACUUCUCUCCAUUGGUUGAAAUUUGUCCUCACUUUACACGUUUUACUGGCACCCCCACCCCCCUCUCAAAUGAUGUGUACUCAGUUUCGUACUUGCGUAUAGGCAGCUACUAAGUCUUGCAAGCUUGCACAUCGGAAAGCCUCGGGAACCAGGCUAAGGCAGCUACGCGCCUGACAAAUUUGGUAUUAAUCUAUUCACGAGAAGCUCAUCUUGGUACCCAAUUAUAAAUUGCCGAAAAUAAAAUAAAUGAUGUUGCACGCUUUUCGGCGGCAUGUGGCUUCUUGAAGAACGAGAAUGGUAUAUACUGAAUAAGGAGAAGGCCCCAUUAUCACUGAAAGCCCAUCUUCACUCGAUCAACACAUCUUUGUAUGCAAAGUCUUGGCAGUGAAAGACUGACCCACGAAAGGGUCCGAACAACAGGGCAAAAAUGGACAGAAAGCUUUAUUUGCCUUCUAUCUAAAUCGGAGGAUCCAGAUAAGUCCGAGAACUGUAGAGGAAUAACUAAUAAUGAAUUUAGUAUUGGAAAAUUAUUUAAACCUAAUAUUGUAUAACAUACUUGACAAAUCUCUGCUUCAAACUAACGUCAUUCACAAAUUCCAAGAAAUCUCCUACUUCAGAUCAUAUGUUUGGACUGAAAUUUUUAAAUCUACAAAUAUAUCUAAAGUUUUUUGUGUUGUUUUUUUUGUUAUUUUUUUCGCACGACAUUUGGAUAAGUAAUUCACAUGCUGGCAUUAUGUAUAAAUUACAACUACAUGUAUAUGAUAUCAAUGGGUAUUUUUACAGAUCUAGAAUUUUAAAAUCUAUGUAUAAAAAUGAUACAUUAAAUGUGAACGUAAACGAGAAAAUGGCAGAUUUUUUUCAAACCUGGAGGAGUUAGAAAAGGUGACGUCCUUAGUCCAAGUUUAUGUAAACUUUUUAUCAAUGACCCCUCAAAUAUUCUAGAGGAAGUAGAAAUAAACAAACUCUGCCUCGGUCACUUAAGAUGGUCAAAAUAUUUCAUGUCUAAUGUAUGCAAAUGAUCUUGCUUUGUUAUCCAUUUCCGAAUCAGAACUUCAACAUAAACUAAAUAUCCUCCAUACUGCAAGUACAAAUUGAUUGAAUUUGAGCCGGUCUCAAACGCAAACAACUAAAUACAUUAAGUGUCAGAGUCAAAUUGAAAAGAAAUAACUUUCCUUUGCUUUUUGUGGAUUUUAACUACUUCCUUAAAGACCAAGAAAAUAAGCACCGCCUCCAAAUCUGCCAAGCCUGUUAACUCUUGUCAAUCGGGUGAAAUUAAGCUUCAAAUUGGAUACUAGAAAUUGAUUGAUAUUUAGUCACUAGUCCUCUUGUAUACCUCGUGCAGUCUUUUGAUGCAAAGUUUUCCGCGUAAUCCAGAAACCUAGGUUUUGAUAGGAAAAGUUUGGCUUUUUCAUGUGGAGACACAAUAAUAGAUGUAAAUUUUGCAAUUACAUCAAUUAAUUAUUAUAAUAGAUUAUAGAAGGUUAUAUAUGCUUAAGAAAAGGAAUUUACUCGGGCAUUGAUUUUGCUUCAUAUAGGCGUAUAACAGAGAAUACCGACCCUCGAUGGAAACGUGUAAUAUUAUAUAUAUCCCUAAUGUUUAUGAAGUAAAAAUUAAUUAUAAGUAAACACGUCAUUGAAAUCUUGUUUACACUCAGUUUUUGUAAGCGUUAUUUCCCCUCGAGAAGGCCUGACUCUCAACUUAUUGGUUCUAGAUGAGUUUCUUGCGUAUAAUGAUUGGAAUAUGGAUCCAGAGGAAAAACGAAUUCUUCGUCUAAACCAAACUCCGUACAGUGUCAAUUUCCCCUACGAGAAUAAUGAUAUUGGAGUUGUCGCGAAACGGAAUAUACUGAGCUGACCGGAGCUUGCGUCUGAACUAGAUCUAGUUAAUGAAGGAACUGUCAGAAGAUCCGAAUGUCCCAACUGGGCGUCAUGGAAGGGUCGAACAGACAAGAAAUUCUCAUCCUCAAUCCGGAAUUCAUGAUGUUGACUGUGUUUCUCUAGCAUCUAUAGUUGAUCACAUGACUUACGCACAAGCGGGAAAAACAACAACAAUGGCGCAAGCACGAGUGACAGAGUUUUAUACAACGAAGAAAAGAAAAGGUGAUACACAGCCAUCUAAACGACGAAAGCUGCAAACUUCUUCAGAUGUUUCAGAAGCUAUCCAGGACAGUCGUUUAAAUACAAGAUUGAUGCAAUCGUCUAAGACAGAAAAGAGUAUUCCCACAACUGUAAACUCGGAGCUAGAAAAUGUUUUGUUUACAUUCCCUCAUUCAGGUACAGGCACCAAGUCAACCACAGCUAAAGAUUCAAAACAGAGAAUAAGAAAAAUCAAACAAAUUAAAGGGCAACAAACAAUUUCUGACGUGUUAGUGGCACGAUCAGCGUCACCUUCAAUAACUGAAAGCUCAGCCAGUGAGGAGGAGGUUACAUUUGCCUGGGAUGAACACGACGGUCCAUUAACGCCAUCAAAGAAAACUAAACAGAACAACGACACAAAUGAAAAUAAUAAAGCAUCUAGAAAGCGCAGUAGACGCUGCGAAUUUAAAGAUGGCGAGAAGACGCCCCAGAAAACAAGAAAUGAGGAAACAGUUCGGGCACCAAGGUCUAGGAAGAAGUUGCAGCUGCGUGCCAAUGUUAUUGCAUCAAGUGAAAGCUCAGAAAAUGAGGAAGCUCUAGAUCUUCCUCCUACUACACCUCUCCCUAUCUCGCCACUCCCAGACACUCCUGAGGUUGUGAGGCAGCAAAUGAAAAAAGGUCCCCAUGUCCCAACAUCCUCUAAAGUUCAGUCAGCAAUGGAGAAACUGAAAGAGCUUAACAAGGACGGCUGUACUUUGGAAAAGGUUUCUAAAGUUGAUGUGGAAGAAAAGCUGAAAAAAUGUGGAAAACUAGAGGAUUUGAAAGCCCAGCUUUUGCAGUUAAAUGAGGCAAAGAAGGAGAUGAAGAAAAUUAGAGAGUCAAAGAGGAGACCCAAAGUAGAAAUUCCGGACACCCAACAAAAGGCCCCUGAACUUGAUAAAUUUGAGGCAAUAGAAGUGAAGGUAGAAGUUCCAGAGAAAUCGGAACCUGUCGGUGACAAGAAAGUUCCUGCUUUUGAGAGGUUCCAUCACUUGGCCACGCCUGCCCCUCCUUCACUAUCCCUCCCCUACAAGUAUAAGUUACUGGAGGACAUGUUCAGGGGCAUGGAUACAGUAGUCAGCAUGUUGCACAACCGAUCAGAAAUCUGCACCUUCUCCAAACUUAAGUCAGCUGUCCAGGAAAUGACAAAAAGGAACUUUGAGCAAAAGAAUGUAGGCCAGAUUAAGACUGUGUAUCCAGAGGCGUACACCUUCAGACAGGAGAAAGGCCUCCCUGCUUUUGGACAGAAGUUACAUAACUAUCAGCUGACUGUAGAACCUAAGCUUGGUGACGAAUCUGAGAAUGAGGUAACCACCAAGGCAGGAAGGAGGUGUUUUACAGUGAAAGAUGUCCUUCAGAGGAAAACUACUUUUCACAGCAAGUUGAUUUCUAUUGUGAAAAAUCAUCACAAGAAAUUCCUGUCAUCUCUAUCUCGGCCUCUCUCUGUUCCCGAUGAUAAAAUUACCAGGUGGCAUCCCAGAUUUUCUCUUGAUGAGGUCCCAGACAUCUCGGUAGACUGUCUCCCCGAGGCACCGUUUGUAAAGAAGUAUCAGUCAGCUAGAGACGUACUAGAAGACAAUAAAUCUAAGCUUCCAGAGAGGUUGAAAAAAGCACUUCACUCAGUAGCUAUGGAAAACGCCAAAAAGGAAUCCCCCAGCCAUGUAGAGUCGUCAACAUCCAAGACUUCUGCACAGUUGCAAGGGGUGCCCAAGUCCUUGUUAGAAAAAAUUCGAGCUAAAGAAGCACAGAAGCAGGAACUGGCCAUGAUGCGUGACCCUGUGGAAGAUAAGAGGUCACUUAUGAUUCAUCGUCUUCCAGAAAUGAUGAGAAUACUCCGUACUCAUUUUGUGACAGAAAAGAAACCUGCCCUUCUAAUGGAAAAUGUUGUACGCAAACUGACUGAUAGCUAUAAAACUACUAUACGAUCUGAUGAUGUGGAGGUCCAUGUUAAACUCCUAAUAGAUCUCGUCCCAGAAUGGCUAACAGUGGUGGAGAUUAAGAAGGGGAAAUAUCUGAAGAUGGACAGGAACAUAGAGAUGGCAGUGCUUCAGGCCAAAGUUUUGAACAUGGUUAAGUCCUAACCUCAUUUUCUUGUACAUGGGCAUUGCAUGAUUUAAGCUUUAUCAUGAGUUUAUAUUUUUUUUUUAUUAUUGUACAGGGAGGUUUCUAAUGUUUAGGAUUUUUUAACCAUGUGUCUUAUUUUCACCCUCAAUAUAUGUUUUAUCGAAGUGAAUUUUAGGGAAUUUUUAAUUAUAUAUCAUGUAUUUAAUUGAUAGUUUUGAUUUGAGAUUGUGGUUUAUGAUUUGCAUGGUUAUAUACGAAGUUUUAUUCUUGAUUUUUAAUUAACUUGACAAUGAUGGUUCUGAUUGUGAAAGCAAAUAUUAUCAUACGUGGUGAUGAUUUUUGUAUUGCUAGUGAAUAAUGGCUUAGAUUUAUUUUUUGUGCACCUCAAGGUAUGUUGGUUGGGAUUUUUGUUGGAAGAUCUAACUGAUAUUAAAUAAAUAUUGCAAUUUGAAUUCUU